AUCGCGAGCUUCCUUCUUCUGUCGUUGCACGCGAGGAGGCGGCGGCGUUGAGCUGUCGUUCCUGGAAGCAGAGUCGGGGAGUGGCACAGCCAGCCCACGAAGUCCCUGGAAGUCUGUCGGGCCACGAGUGAUUCCCAUUUUUAGCUAUGGCUGAAUUGGUUCCCUCCCCUGAGGACUCCCCCACUGACCUCUGUUCUGAUACCCCUGUGGAACCACUGGCAGCCCCCGAUUCUCUUCCAGCUGAGCAAUCCCUUGCUGAGAUCGACCUCCCUUGCCGCUUUUUCCUAGAAGGUCGUUGCCGCUUUGGUUCCCGCUGCCGGAACAGUCACCCUGGUGACAUGGGAGCUGCUCCUCGUUCAGAAGACGGCGGAUCCAACCGCAGUCGUUCUCCACAAGGCAAGAAGCCCCCCAUGAAGACUGCGGAGGAUGUUAUCUCUCGUCUCCUCUGGGACCCCCAGCUGCCUGCUGAACAUUUUUCUAUUGGCUACCUCGAUCGGUUCUUGGGGGUAUUGGAAGAGCCUUUCACUGCUUUCUCCUGGGAGGACCUGGCUUCAGCCGGGCCUGGCGUGCUGGCUAUCCCCAAACAUAGGAUCCACUAUUUCAAAUACAAGACUCGCAUGGUGUGGGACAAGGUGAGCCGCACAGACGACGUCUUUGGGUCCACAGGAAGUGGGAGAACCAUCUUGGAGGUGAUGAAGGAAGUCGACGAGGCAGCCAGAACCACCGAGGAAAAGGCUCAGGACCAUCCUUCAAAUGGAGACAGAGAAAAGGGGCUGGGAGGUGUUGGACCAGGGGCAGCUAGAGGCAGCGGAGAAGAGGCGGUCAGUGGUUCAGCCAGAGAAAAACAGGUGGCCGAGACAGUUGGCGGACAGGAUGAGCUGGAUAAUUUGGAUGCCUUCAGCAUCACAAAGGAAAAUGACCCAAUAGUGGAAGAGGAGGAAAACACGGCUUUGCAGAGCAGGAAGGUGGGACACCUUCCGCAUCGCAAACAGCGUCCCACCCAUUUCAUAGCUAUCCGAGUCACCAGUCGAGAGACCUGGGAAGCUGUGAAACUCUUCCAAGGCGCCCUCUCCGAGGUUCAGCCAGACCUAGAAGAGUUCUAUACCCCUUUGCCUACUCUGCACAUCACGCUGUGUCUGCUGCACUUAGAUACCUCGGAACACAUUUGCAAAGCUGUUACGGCACUCCAGGAACUGCAAGCCAACAGCCAGCGCCUGCUGCCCCCCGCCUUGCUUCUCUCCUUCCACAAGGUUGAGGCUUUCCAUUCUCGUGUGCUUUAUUUGUCACCAGCACCUACACCUGGGUUGGGAUCACUGGCCCAGACUUUGGAGGAUGCCUUUAAGAAGAAGGGCUUGGCAGUGAUUCCUCCUCCGGACAAAGACAAGUUCCACUUGACCAUGGUGAAGAUCCCACGGGCAAAAGCAGAUCUACGGUUGCCAGCAGAUUCCUCAUGGAUUCCAACUAUUAAUGAUUUAGGAACACAGGCUGUAGAGGCAUUAUGUUUGUGUGAGGUUGGAAAAGGUAGGCGGACUGAUGGGUUUUACACCACGGUUCUGAAAAUAGAUCUAUACUGAGAGGCAGGGGUGACGUCUCUUGUUCUGCUGCUUGAGGCGAAACAGUAAGUUUUGCCAUGCUACUGCUACCAUGUGCCCUUUCAACACUGGUGGUGAUUUUGGGCAAGAUUGUGUUAAUUUCAGGUGAGAUCUUACCUCAAAUGGACAGGUUUUGUCCAAAAUCUGUGCCAAUGGUGGUGGCACUUCUCAGCCACUGGCAGAGGGGCAGAUGGAACAUGCAUCUGAGGCAGUAGCACUACCCUGCCUUAUGGCUGAGCUGGCUCUGCUGAGGCAAAUGUUAUCAAGCAGCAGGUAAGCAUCUUUGCAGUCAAGAUCCACUCUCCAGAAGGAGUCUAACACUGUAAAUUGUAUUAUUGGGAACAACAGGAGCACAGCUAAGAGGGUGAACUAGCCUUGCUUUGAAUAACCUGGGCUGGCUGCCUACAGAAGGGAUUUAAGAGGAAGGCUGUGGGGUGGGGGAUGCUCAGACUCUGCAGAUACUAUACUCGUACUGCAUUAAGCUAUUUUGAGGCAACAGUAGGAACUAUGGUGUCCUUUCCCCAUUUAUUCAGCAGGAUAUACCUGGUAGACUAGAGCCGAAGUACAUUGGGGUACUGGGAGCUACACCUUCCAUGUGAAUGAGAACACCAAACUUGGACAACAGGGAUACACAAUAGGGAAGUGGCUUGGAUGACAUGGCGUUUUUCCUCCCUUACGUAAUAAAAUGAAGCAAGACUUUUGAAUGCAGAUAAACUUGCUCUGACCAUUAGUCAUGACCAAGACCUUUUGAGAAGAAAGUCACUCAACUGUGCACUUUUAGUUGUACUGAUUUCAAUGGAUGUUUGUCAUGACUAAACGGCAAGGAUUGCAGGCCACUGUCCCUGUACUGUACCAUGUAAGGAGGAAAUCUGCAAACAUUGCAGCUGACUAGCUCAGAAAGGCUGUAGGCUCCUAUGUUCCUCUAACAACCUCCUCUCUCCUGUCCCAACACUUUGUAUCAGCAAAGCUAAACACAUCACACACCCCUU